AUGCCAUCCUCGCAGCGAACCUUCUCCCAUCAUCACCCUCAAGCGGGUUCCACGUCCAAGACCUUCGAGCGGCGACGCGCCGAGCUCAUCGCCAACAUUGCGAACAGUUUGAAGCAGUUUUCCUCCGUUGAGGCUCUGUGGUCCAACUUUGAGAACGUCAUUGCCAAGGAGCACGAGGAGAAUAUGAAGGAAAACACGGAGAAGGAAGAAGGGGUUGAGAAGCAGGAAAACAGCGAGAAAAAGGAUGGAAAUACCAAGUGA